AUGGAUCACAAUGAAGGCAUGCUGAGGGGACAAUAUAGAGUGGAACUAGAUAGAGAAAUCCCUCUUUCAUUCUCUCUCGUUCGAAGCUCUCGCUGCCCUGGAAAAAAUUCCACAGAGUACCUGGAAAUCUCAACGAUAAACACUGCAAAUUUGAAAGAGACUGCAUUCGAAAGAGAAGGAUUCAAUACCUGGAAAUCUCAUUGCUUUCAUCUUGUUGUUGAUCAUUCAGUUCAAGUUGAUGUAGCAAGGUCAGAGAAUGCCGUGCAGGCUAAUAUGGAGCUUGAGUUCCAGAGAAACAAGGAGAGAUUUGCUUUUCUUAAAUGGGGGUCAACUGCUUUCCGUAAUAUGCUUGUCGUUCCUCCUGGUUCUGGUAUAGUACACCAGGUCAAUCUUGAAUAUCUUGGACGAGUUGUUUUCAACAAUGAAGGAUUACUCUAUCCUGACAGUGUGGUUGGGACUGAUUCGCAUACAACUAUGAUCGAUGGACUUGGAGUUGCUGGAUGGGGUGUUGGGGGCAUUGAAGCAGAGGCAGCAAUGCUUGGCCAGCCUAUGAGUAUGGUGUUACCUGGUGUUGUUGGGUUCAAGUUGUCUGGAAAAUUGCGCAAUGGUGUUACAGCAACUGAUUUGGUUCUAACUGUCACACAAAUUCUUAGGAAACACGGUGUUGUAGGGAAAUUUGUUGAAUUUUAUGGCAAUGGUAUGGGUGAACUAUCAUUAGCUGACAGGGCCACUAUUGCCAAUAUGUCUCCUGAAUAUGGAGCAACCAUGGGUUUCUUCCCUGUAGAUCAUGUAACAUUACAAUACCUCAAACUAACUGGAAGAAGUGACGAGACUGUGGCAAUGAUAGAGGCCUAUCUCAGAGCAAACAAAUUGUUUGUCGACUAUAAUGAGCCUCAACAAGAAACAGCUUAUUCAUCCUAUCUUGAAUUAAAUCUUGACGAAGUCGAACCAUGUAUCUCAGGACCAAAGAGACCUCAUGACCGGGUGGCCUUGAAAGAAAUGAAGGCUGAUUGGCAUUCUUGUCUUGAUAACAAAGUGGGAUUUAAGGGAUUUGCUAUACCAAAAGAAGCACAAGGAAAGGUUGCAAAAUUUGAUUUUCACGGGCAGCCAGCUGAGCUAAAACAUGGCAGCGUUGUGAUUGCUGCAAUCACAAGUUGUACAAAUACAUCAAACCCUAGUGUGAUGCUUGGAGCUGGUCUUGUUGCAAAAAAGGCUCAUGACUUAGGUUUGAAGGUUAAACCUUGGGUAAAAACUAGUCUUGCUCCUGGUUCUGGAGUUGUUACCAAAUAUCUACUUCAGAGUGGCCUACAAAAGUAUCUAAAUGAGCAGGGUUUCAAUAUUGUUGGAUUUGGCUGUACCACAUGUAUUGGCAAUUCAGGAGAUCUGGACGAAUCAGUUUCUUCUGCUAUCUCAGAAAAUGACAUAGUAGCAUCUGCUGUGCUGUCAGGGAACCGUAAUUUUGAGGGCCGAGUGCAUGAUCCGAAUCAAAAAGUGUUAAUUAUAUGAUCCGAAUCAAAAAAUGCAUGAUUUUAUAAUUUACCUAUGUUAUAUGAUUUAUAGGUAUU